AUGCCUCCGGGGCGGAGUGUGCGGCGCUGAGCACCGAGCGGAGCCGGAGGGGCGGGGGAACGGGGAUCGCCCCUCGGUACCGCCGGGAGGGGACAGGGGACAGCUGGGAGGAGGGACAGCGAAACCCCGGGGUGCGGCGCCGGAGCCUAGCGGUUCCCUCAGCCCCGCUCCAUCCCGCCCAUCCCAUCCCUCCGGCCGUGGGGCACCAUGAACGUGCUGGCCCCGGUGCGCAGGGACAGGGUGGUGGCCGAUCUGCCACAGUGCUUUCGGAAGGAGGCCGCCCUGCACACCCGCCCCGAAUUCCAUUCCAGUGUGACCAGCGCCUGCCAGGAGCAGCGGACGGGCACUGUGGGCUUCAAGAUCUCCAAGAUCAUCGUGGUGGGGGACCUGGCGGUGGGGAAGACCUGCCUCAUCAACCGUUUUUGCAAGGACACCUUUGACAAGAACUACAAGGCGACCAUUGGGGUGGACUUUGAGAUGGAGCGCUUUGAGGUGCUGGGGGUGCCCUUCAGCCUGCAGCUAUGGGACACGGCUGGGCAGGAGCGCUUCAAGUGCAUCGCCUCCACCUACUACCGGGGAGCACAGGCCAUCGUCAUCGUCUUUGAUGUCAAUGAUGUGGCAUCCCUGGACCACACACGGCAGUGGUUGGCAGACGCCUUGAAGGAGAACGAUCCCUCCAACGUCAUCCUCUUCCUGGUGGGCUCCAAGAAGGACCUGAGCACACCGGCGCAGUACAGCCAGAUGGAGAAGGAUGCGCUCAAAGUGGCCCAGGAGAUGCAGGCAGAGUUCUGGGCUGUGUCCUCACUCACAGGAGAGAACGUGAGGGAUUUCUUCUUCCGUGUGGCAGCACUGACCUUUGAGAGCAGUGUGUUGGCAGAGCUGGAACGCGGCAGUGCCCGGCGGAUCGGCGAUGCCGUGCGCAUUGGCAGCACUGAGAGCGACCUGUACCUGUCAGCACCCCGCAAGAAGCCCAAAUGCUGCCAGUGAGCCCCACGGCACCCCGUAUCUCCGUACCAAAGAGCAGCAGCCCCAGCGGGUGGGGGCAUCCCAUAGCUAUGCAAACCCCCCCAGAAGGGACACCCCCAGCCUUCGUUGUAAUAAAAUGAUUUUUUUAUGCUUUUUAA